UGGAAAGUGAAACAGGAUGCUCAUGAUGAUAAAGAUCGCCAGGUGUCGGAGGUAGAAUCGCUGCCGUGAAAACUAGUGCAACAAGCAAAUUUUCGCAGCUAGAGGCGUAUGCGUGUCUGUCUUUCAUCUCGAAUUCGAUACUGAUGCUUUCUCUAAAUGAACACACGACUCGCUAGGUGGAACGACGGUAGUAUACAAAGAAGUGCAAACAAGGAAAACAACCUACUAUACGCUGUAUAUAGUUUUAGUUGUACCGUGGUACUUAUUUUCAAACUUCCCUCUGGGAUUUUAGUUUUCAAUAUAUUGUUGUACCGUAUUGUUGUACAUGUACUCACCAGUUGUACUAGAGUGGGACUAGACGUAGCCAUCGCAUCAGUUGUCGAGUCGAAAGCAAAAGCUACACCCAACGCAUUGAAUUUGAAAGCAAAACCAUCAUGUCGGUGAGAAACAAGCUGAAGAUCGAUGACAUCGUCCAGGAGGACGAGCGGCGGAGUGCUCAGGAGUACGAGUGCGCAGUGUGUAUGUCUUUGUGGCAUCAGGAUGCCGUCCAGACGGACUGCCAUCAUAUUUUCUGCGGAUCUUGUGUGAGCGGCUUGCUCGCCUGUCCGACGUGCCGCAAGCCAUUCGGAGAGGAGAAGCCGAAGCCGCUGCGCGACUCGAACCCAUUCGCGCUGCGUGUGUUGAACGGGCUGAAGGUACGUAUCGAGUUUCGCGCUUUUUUUUUUUCCUGGGUGGCCAGCAACAGCAUGCUGGUGGGUUGGAGAUAUGCGGAAGCAUGUGGCUUCUUGUGGUUCCCUAUGCAGUAUCAAUGAUACUGCAUAGGGAACCACAAGAAGCCACAUUCGGUUGUCUCGACGCUGACGAGUCCGCUGUACUCACCAAAACUAACACGAACGCGGACCCUUACAGGUAACUUGCCCAAACGCAGCGGCCGAAGCAUCUGGCACCGGCUUGGGCAAUUUGAGCGGUAGCGCGUCCGAAGAGCCCGGCCCGGCGGCGAAAAAGCGGAAAGCAAACAACUCGAAAGCGGUCCGGGCCCCAGGCAGUAGCUCUUCUUCCUCCUCAUCCUCCUUUCUGGUGGCGCACCAGCACGCAGACAGUGAUGAGUUUCUUUACUGUACUUGGACGGGGUCCUACGGUGAUUUACUAGCGAAGCAUCUGGCCGAGUGCGAGUGCCAGAUCGUCGAUUGCCCGAGGGGCUGCGGGGAGUCCAUGCAGCGAAGAAAUCUCACUGUCCACGAAGCGCACUGCCAGAAACUGCUUGUCGAGUGCAGCAUCUGUGGCGAAAAAAUGAAGCCGGACGCUGUGGAGGCGCAUCGAAGAGAGCGGGCGGAGCUUCAUGUGACAAUCCUAGAGAAGCGGUUAGCAGAUGUGGGCGCGGAUCCAGCAGGCGGCGGCUCCAAGCUGGACCAGAUGCACUCCCUGAUGCAAGCCAUGGACAAGCGAAUCACAAAGAUCGAGAAAGAAGGCGCCAAGGCGACAAAGGUCGCGGAAGUCGACAAACGGCUUGUCAAAGUCGAGAGCAACGGCGCAAAAACAGCACACGUCACAGCGAUCGGAAAGAAAACUGCGGACCAGCUGGGGUCGGUGAUCAAAAACCUCAAAAAUAUCUGCGGGACGUUGGCAGUUGACUGGACGAUUAACACAGCGGACCUCUAUCGCCGGUGUACGCGGAAAGGCCACAAAGAAUGGUCUCCGCCAUUCUUUUUGCCUGGUAUACUUAGCAAGAUCUCUAUACAGGACGACGCUCGAGCAGCGCUGCCUUUUUUUUGUUUCGUUGCGAUUGCGUUUGAAAACUUCCCUGCAGCUGAGGUUAUCUUUCUUUUCCGUUGCUCAAUUCAGCAUCUAUUUCUAUUGCAUACAAGCUCAUUUUGUUACUUAAAAAGGACCCGUCGGCCCAUUCUACGCCUUAGUCACACCACACGGCUGCUCGACGGGAACUGGAACACACUGCUCAUUUUACAUCGGAUACAAAGGCGAAACAGAUGCAGCUAGCGAGGACCGCCCGAUAGCGACUCGCGUGCCUCCAUGGAGUGUCUAUUUUCGCAAAGGCCGGGCAGAUGUCUCGGGGCACGUAGACGAGUCGCUCGCGAUUGUCACGCACAACGGCGUGGGCCAGUGCAUAAACCUCGGCACCCGCGGUAUUGGCUGGUCUAAUAUAAAAAGUCUCCCAGUGUCUGAAAUUAAAGCCUCCCCGUACAUCACGAUCAUGAUCCGCUUCGGCCCCGCAAGGCAGAAAAAAGACGGCACAUUUCCGAUGGACAACGAAAUCGUCACUGCGAUUCUGAAGACCGGUCCCUGAAGUAAAGUAAAUAGCGAUUCACUCCACCGUCCGAGCGCAGAAAACUAGAAGGAACGUGAGCGCGGCCCUCGUUUUUCAGAACCUUCGCUUCUCCUUUUCCGCAGGAAUCACCGCCGAAUCUACCGAUGCUGCACCCAUUUAAGAACUGAUCUCUUCUGAUCCAGUAACGCGUACCUUAGAUUUUGAUUUUUAUUUUAAUGAAAAAGAGUCCAGAGCAGAAGCUUCUUCGAGAUCUAGAGCUUCUUUUCGGCCUGAUUAGUGAUCUGGAAGAUAACGAUAAGUGCGCUCAGUUCAAAAAAUAAACGAAAAUGAAGAAUGUGGAGUCCUUUAUUUGUGAGCCAAUUGUUGAUCAGAUUCAGAUCUGCUAUUUGUGAGUGAUGAUAGAUCAUGAAGGGCAAAAUUAUACCUGUGCCCAAAAUGGAAAGAAUUCGCGGUGUGUGUUGUUCGGCGAGCGAUGUACUGAACGCGCACGCGAUCAUUUUCGUGGUGGAGACGUGGGAUGAUGUCUUCAAGGCUGUGAAGUGAAGUCCUGCCCGAAGGCAAGAGUAAUGAUAAUGUUGAUGCUUCAGGUCCAAGUUCAACCAUAUUUCGAAGAGAAAGACUCAGCGCAUCGUCCUUUGUUUAUGGAUGGCGCUAUCAACUCGGACUUUUUCCCUGAUUAAAGUAGAAGCGUUUCUUGUCGCCUUUGUGUAUACGCUGUGUUGCAGGCGCUGGUGAAGGUAGAAUUGUAACAAGUGUGGGAGUUGUCCUUUCGAACCCGAAUGGCUUUCCAAAAAA